UAUUAACGCUGCACUUUAUAUCAGUCUUCACUCAUUUGCUGUUUUUGUAAAUAAAUAAAUUAUAUUUCACAUAUUUUCAAUCAAAUAUUAUAAUAUGCUCAAUAUUAUAUCAAGAAAUUUAGGAGGCUUGAAAAACAUAAGAAGUACUGUAAAUAAAGUAACAACAAUAAUGGAAAGCAAGAGCUACAACACUUUAUCUAUCAAACAACAUUCUCCAGCAAUAUUUCAUGUUCAAUUAAAUAGGCCAGAAAAAUUGAAUGCUCUUAAUGAUCUAAUGUGGAUAGAAAUUGGAGAAUGUUUCAAUGAUCUUUCAUCUGAGGCUGAUUGCAGAGUAAUAGUCUUAUCUGGAUCUGGUAAAAGUUUUUGUUCAGGAAUUGAUUUGAUGGAUGCUAUGAAACUUUUCCAAAAUAUAGCUGAUGAAACUGACGUUGCUAGAAAAUGUAAAGUUAUAGGAAAGAGCAUUAAACGUUAUCAAGAUUCAUUUACUGCAAUAGAAAAGUGUGCUAAGCCUGUGAUAGCUGCUAUCCAUGGAGCUUGUAUAGGAGGAGCUGUGGACAUGAUUUGUUCAACGGAUAUUCGAUACUGUACAUCAGAUGCUUGGUUUCAAAUAAAAGAAGUUGAUUUAGGAAUGGCUGCAGAUGUUGGAACAUUACAAAGAUUACCAAAAAUCAUUGGUUCUGAUAGUCUCAUUAAAGAACUCGCAUUUACUGGCAGAAAAAUGUUAGCUCCAGAAGCAUUACAAGUUGGUUUUGUUAGUCAUGUUGCUAAUAAUCAGGAGAGUUUGAUGAAAAAAGCUUUUGAUGUAGCUGAGCAAAUUGCUUCAAAAAGUCCAGUUGCUGUACAAGGAAUCAAGCUUAGCUUAAAUUAUUCAAGAGACCAUACAAUUGAUGAAGGAUUGAACCAUAUUGUAUGUAUAUGGAAUCAAGCUAUGUUACAAAGUGAAGACUUCAUUAGUGCAGCAUCAGCAUUAGCAACAAAGAGUGAACUGCCAGUUUUUUCAAAGCUGUGAUAAGAUUUAUGAAAAUUAAAAUUUAGUUUUUUAUGUUGAGAAACUUUAUUAAAGUUGAGUAAUUAACAAUUAUCAACAUUACUUUUUGAUAUUUUUUUGGGGCAAACGUUUUUGUAGACAGUAUACCAUGUUUA